UAAACAUUAAAAUGUUUAGCCGGUAUUCGUGGUAACAGCUGAGCACUAGAGGAAUGGUAUCUGCCGGGGGACGUGCCAACCAGGGUAACCAACCAAGGACAAAUGAGCAGUCAGCAGCUGGCUUUAAUCUCCUUUAGCCUGUCACUAACCGUUUAUGCUAGUUGCUAACAGUUCAUACUAGCAUGUUUAAGAUGAUACGAAUAAUUUGGCCCCGCUUUGCAUAUUUCUGUCUAUAUUUCGGCUAGACUGACACCCAGAGGGGGUUAUCACUUCCUUAUUUCAUAAGUGUGCUUAAAUACAAUUUAAAUGGAUUAAAGUCUAGAUGUCGGAAGAGGCUCUAAUGAUAGCUGUUUACUAUAGCGCACAUUUGCCCUACGGUGUCCAGCCCGCUCUUUAAGGAUUGUGUGUAUCUGGUUUUACUGGUGCUUGGGGAGGGGAAAAAAACAAAGACAACUGGACCAUGACGACAGAAAGAAACAGCAAAGCUCUGAAGGUGAAGCAGGAAUGCGGCGAGAACGUGCCCUUCCUGUCGGACAGCGAACUAAUGUCCCUGUCGGUGCGAGAGCUGAAUCUCCACCUGCGUGGCCUCUCCCGCGACGAUAUUCAGAAGCUGAAGCAGCGGCGUCGCACCUUAAAGAACAGGGGAUAUGCCGCCAGCUGCCGGGUCAAGCGGGUGUCUCAGCGAGAGGCCCUGGAGCAGCAGAAGAUGGAGCUGCAGAGAGAGGUGGAGAGGCUCGGAGCCGAGAACGCCGGCAUGAGGAAGGAGCUGGAGGGGCUCAGCGCACGCCUGGCUGCGCUUCAGAGAUUCGCCAGGGGUCUGGAAGCGGGAGGAGGCAGCCUGCUGGCGACGGCCCCUCGCCUCAACACCGCCUCGGUCAUCACCAUCGUCAAGAGUCCGCAGCAGCCUCAGCCACAGAGGGAGCACGAGCUAUCCUAGAAGGAGAUGCUGAAACCAGACUGGGGUUUGGGAUUCGGGGUGGGGACGGGGAAGCCUGCAAUGCAAACACGCACACAUCUGCGGGCCUUAAUACUCACGCAGGCAGGAGAGCAGGAUGACUUGUAAUAAUAGGAAAAUACUAAGCGCCUUGUUCACAUUACAGUUGACAGAAAUCCGAUCACAGCUACGAUCACCUUUCUAACAAACAAGAAAACAGAAACGGGUUCAGUACUGUAGUUUUGAUAGAGAUGUCCUCUGAUGAUCCUCCAUGAAACAGCAGUCUGGUCAAGUAAGAUUUACUCAGUGAUCUUUUUUUUUUUUUUUUCCUUGAAGCACUCAAAGUUUCAAAUUCUGUUUAAUGUGAACAAGGCGUCGCACAUAUUUAUGCACAAAAAACCCUCACAGUCUUUCCCUUGAGCUACACGGGGACUCUGACUGAAGCCCAACCAAGCCAAACAGGGUUACUGAGCACCUUUAGUCCUCAGCAAACCCCCACAGCGAGGCUGGUGUAGCCUGAUUAUGCUACUUAAAGGCUGGGGUGCCUUUCUGCUUCCGUUUAUGGCACCUGACCAACAGCAAAAUGCUAGGGUGGAGCUUCCUCGGUCUCCAUAAUGCCUUCUAGUCUGAAAUCACUAGCUUGGCGCAGCCUCGUGUUCCCACCCCCCCUGUAUUUUUUCCUUUUCUUCCCUCUCAAUGCAGUUUCUCACCCUUUAUGUCACUUUAUGUGCCGGUGGGAUAAUCGAAUCUGUUUUCGCCUCCUUCCAUUGAUGGCUCUCUAGCUGCUUUAGUCAUGAGACUUUUGGGAGCAGAAACGGUCAGAGAAAUGCUGCCUGAGUGCAUUGUGAAUUUCUCUAAGUUGUGCGAUUCACUAAGAUUUUCCAGGUUUUUGUUUUUGUUUUUUUUUUUUGGGGGGGGGG